AGCCACACCCCCUACGUCGAGCCCCCUUUGCCUAGCUGACUGACUGAAGCAGUAAUGGCUUCAGGUCAAACUCUAGAGCAGAUAUUGAGCACCGUACCGAUAAAAAACCGACUAACUCUUGACCAGAAAGUUGAAAAUCGACGUAUCAUUGCCAGGGUGGCGAGCACUAUCCCUGAUUGGCCCAAAGCUGCCAACUUCUUCCCAGGAAUACUGAAACCUGAAGUGAAUCCAUCAGACAUGACAACAUGCUUUCCUUAGAGCAACAAAAGACUGGCCUGGUGGACAAGUGGAUUGAGAGGAAUGGCCACACGGCCACGUAUCGUGCAUUAGCCAAAUGUUUGUUUGAAGCUGGUGCUCUUGAUUCCGUGGAUAGGCUUUGCAGGGAGUUUGGCACUACUUCAACACCAACAGUUGUACCAGAUGGAGGACCAACAAUCCCACCUCCUACAAUGAAGGAACUAAUGAACAAUGUCCACACGGUCAAGACAUUUGAACUGGGGAUACAGUUAGACCUGGACCUCAGCGACGUCAACACAGCAAUGGCAGACCACAAAAAUGAUGCCCGUGGCCAACUGAUCAAGAUUCUCUCUCUCUACAUUCAACAGACAAUGGAUCCCUCGUGGCUCCAUGUGGCCACUGCUCUGUAUACCAUUGGCGAGAACAAGUGUGCAGCUGACAUUGAGCAGAGGUUUGGCUUCCGUGUUCCUUCAGAAGUCAUUUCUUCUACCUUCUCUGCUUCUACUAGUGAAAUCAAACAGCCUGUACCAGUUGUAUCGCCAGAUUUUAAGAAGGCUGUCAGCAGAGGCGAUAAGGUCUACAUCACAAGUCUGUCAAGGUUCCCAACACCAGCUGGGACCAUCAACAUACUCCAGAGGGUGGGGCCAGACUACAAGCCACUCCUGGGGAACAUUCUACUGAGGAGUGAGGAUGGACAGAGGAUCAGAGCUCUGGAGAUGACUCACUCCCACAAUGUCGAUGGAGUCGUGUACGACAUGUUCCAGAAGUGGAUCACAGAGGAUGAGGACUGUACCUGGGGAGCACUAGUUCUCCAUCUCCAACAUGCCAGUCUGGGAACUCUAGCCAGAGACAUACUAUCUGCUCUCAUUUGAUAUAUUAUAUCUAAUGUUCAAUUUCCGCUUUUUGACUAAGUAUACAAUUGUAACUACCCAUUACGAAGUUGGUUAGAGUGGAGAAGGGACGAACUGGAGCUAAAACCCAAGACCUAUAGUGACCAUUAACUCGUGUAUAUAACCCUAUUCCUGUCCAAACCAGUUG